AUGUAUUGGAACGGACCGACAUCUGUGCUACCAGGACUACUGCACCUACCCGUGGGGGGAGACACGGUUGUCGACACCAUCGACACCACCAUCGCUGGUGACAUUGCCAUCGCUGGUGACAACACCUUCACAGGUGGCAGCACCAUCACUGCUGUCGGACCAUUUGCCAUCACACCUCCGUACUAUUGCUUCCAGCAGCGACCAUGUCUCUCGCGAACUCCUCGUAGAAUGCCUAUAGUCAAAGUCUUCCGGCGGUACAAUGCCAAAUUCAGCCGCGUUGCAUUCUCCCAAGCCUCACCUCUAUUUCGACCGGGUAAAACAAGACAUCGGCAAAUCGCGAUGGCUGAAGAUCGAGACGAUGUCUGGACUGACUACGAGAACGACGGCGCCUCUGAUCACUCUGAUUAUUAUUCCGACCGCUCCCACGCCUCGACUGCUGAGCAGCGCGAUCUUCACAGCUACUGGGCAGCCGAGGAAGAAGAAAAAGAUGCGCAAGAGAGACGGCGUCUUCAGCGCAUUUGGCAGCGUCAACGACUACAAGACGUCCGCCGCCGUUUGCAGGAGAAACUCGAAGAUCUCGAUAACAGACCGCCAGACGUGUGGUGGGAGGUGGUGAGGCACUGUGUGGCGGAGAGGUUGCAGUCGGUGGAAUCCGAACUUGGGGUUGAAGUCGUGCCUCUUCCUUCAGAAAAGUCUGAGAAUUCAUGGCCCACCAUGCGUCUCAUCACAGCACUCCUCAUCCUCACCCUCUUCUGCUGCCAACUCUACGCCAUCCACACAGCACGUCAGUCAGUCGAAUCAUCAUCACUCGGAUCGCGCUACAUCGCUACGCUCCCCGCCGUGCAGACAUUCCCACCCUUGGACCUGACCAUAUGCCACCUCCGCACUCCCGAGAUGGAGCGUAUCCGUGGAUUUCGUCCGAUCUGGCAGAUGCUGGAACGAGCGACGACUCAAUCAGCGGGAGACGUCACAGAUUUCAACACUGCAUUGGCGUCAUCAACUGCGAGGUGGAAUGAGACGUUGUACGAGGCCGCGCAAGCAGAUGAGCGGGCACGAAGCAGGGAGUGGCUGCUUCUCGGCGGUCUUGUCCGAGAUCUCGAAUGGGCUGGUCUGUCCUUUCCACAAUCGGUCUGGGCGGGAGGCGAGGCAAUGGCCGCUGUUGAUGCCGCCACGAUGGAGUACCGCGAGAAAUGGGUGGAACGGAUGCGACUGAUUGAGGGACAGUGGCGGAUCUUGUCCUCCGGGCUGAGCAGCGAGGCGAGAGUGGUCCGGCAUCUCCGACACGAGGCGUUGAGAUUUGCGAGCAUGAGCGCACGAGAGGAACAGGGAAGGGAGGCUGCGGUGAGAAAGUUGGGAGAUGUGCUGGAUCUGGUUGGUUCGAGACUGCAGCGUGCGGUGGAGCUGGCUGAUGAGGGGAGGCGGCAAUGGCUGAUAGCGGCGGAGAAUCAGAGGGAGCGGAACGACGAGGUCAUGGAUCGAGUGGCGGCGAGGAGGAAAUGUAGUGGAGGGGCCGUGGGGUGGUGGUGGCGACCAUGCAGUUCCAAGCUUCGACCUCAUCCCAAGACAAAUGUCGCAUCGCAUAUCGCGGUGACACAAACGACAAACAACACUUCCGUGCCUGCACUGUCCGCUGGUCUCAGACAGAAUGUCCUCCGCCGCCGCCAUGAUGUCUUUCCUACAGUCUCAUUCUCCUCUGACCUUUCUCUUUCCCUCUACCUCAUCUUCCUCUCCAUCCGACUCCAUUCCAUCCAUGGCAUAUUCACCAUGGACGACCGCCAUCCAAACUCCAACUCUCGACCCGCCACGCCUGACCAGACUCACCGGUCCAAGACUGCGAGGACUCCGAAGACCGGCAACGACAUGCAGAGAGUGACCCACGGGCUAUGGGCAAAGCUCGAGAAGGUCAAGUCUCUAGAGGCGAAGUACCCAGAGUCCAAAGGAACCCGAUCCGCACCUCACUCGCCUGUUGAGAGGAAGAGGGAGAGAAAUAUAAGUGUGGGACGUGAUUUGGAGAGAUCAAUGUCGGUGGGAGGGCACGGGAAAAGCAGGCCGGAGAAGUCACGAAAGGAGAAAGACGAGGACGAGGUCAAGGUGGAAGGCAGAGCGAAGAACGCACAUCAUGGGUCACGGAAGGAGGAGAAGUGUGAUGAAGUCCAGCAGGUUCUCCCUCAAAGUUCGACGCCGUGGUGGUCGUGGCGAAAGUCACCGCCGCCUGUACAUCAGCCACAACAUCCUUCGCAGCAAUUCAAUCCUCAACACUCGCCGCCGCAAUACAACCCUCAACAUCCACCGCAAUACAACCAUCAAGACCCAUGCUGGCAUUACAACCCUCAACUCCCACCUCAGCCGCCAUACAACCCUCCCCACCCGCCGCCAUCCAAUGUCCACCGAGAGGACUCUCCAGAAACCGAAUGCGAGGAAUUUCGAAAGCACUGCUGUGAGUCUUGUUUACCGUUGGUGUCGUGGUUCUUUUGGACUUCCGUCGCGGUGUUGCUCGCGUUCGUGCGUUGGGGUUGGUGGAUUUGGAUGAGCAUUUGGCCGCCACUUGCGAAGACGAUUUGGAAGAAGGUUGGUUUGGCGAUCUGGAAGACGGAGUGGACGAAAUCUUUGGAGGCGGUUCGGAAGAAGGAGUGGAAGAAGGACGCAGUGAACCAGUCAGUCAUACCUCCCGAAGAAGCCAUACCUCCGGUCGUGGAGGAGGAGAAGGCCAAGAAAUGCUCACCAAAAUCGCCACAUCCAGGAUCGGAAACUCUGCAUGUUCUUCCCAACACGCCGCAGGACCAGAAACCCCAACGUCCUUCUGUCUGGCCAUGUUCAUUCUCGAUCGCCGUCCUUGUCGCUAUUGUCGGCAUCAUCAUCGCCUUGCUCGUCCUACUCUGCAGAGUCUUCAAUCCCAAUCUGACUCAAUCUCCCGACCAGCCAGUUGACGCCCUUAUCAAGGCCACUAACACUAUUGCCGCUGCACUGGAGCCUCUCAUCGAUACAGCUCAAUGGCAGGUUUAUUCCAAAUUGGCCGCCUGUGAGUUUGUCGAGGCGGCGGCGAAUGUUUCCCACAACCCAUUCCAGUACGACGUGUUUCGACAAGCUCGUAAGAAAGGUGGUUCGGGAUGGGGAUGUCCUUCGCCCAAUAUGCCGGACGUGAGGAGUCCUGACGAGGGUUUGGCGAGGCUGGGAUUGAAGUUGGCGGUUGAGAUGCGCAACAUCCAGGCUCUCCUCCGCCGCUCCUCCUCCGAAUCCCUCGCCGCUGCGCGCGGAGCCGCUCACAUUGCCACUCGCAUCAGGACCGCCGCUGUUGACUCCAACACAUGCCGCAUUCCCGACACUCUCUCAUCGAAAGUCUCUUCUCCUCUUUUCCCAUGCCUUUCACCUCUCGAUCCAAUUAUCACCGUCCUGAAUGAUGGCAUCGCCGACCUGAACCACACACUCACCUCCUUCGCCGCUUCGCAUAUCUCUCUGCUCACCGCCCUCGAGGAGUCCGCCACGAUCUGCCAGACUCGCCUCGCGGACUGGAACGAAGCCAAGUCCGGCCCACGUAAGAUCAGAGGCGUGCGGUUGGCUGACCGUGCCGAAGCUAUUUGCAGUCAAUUCGCCAAGAAGGUUGAGCAGCGGAUACUCUUCCCACAGCUGAGCGAGGAGAGUCAGAGGAUGAAUGACAUUGUUGAGGCGCGGGCUAGAAAUGAGGAGGAUGACGAGGAGGAUGAUAACCAGGACAACCUUGCACCCUUUCUCGAAGCGAGGAGAAUGAUGGACGAGGCGAUGGGAGUGCUGCGUGGCGUUACUACGUCCGACUGGAAGCGGCGCGAUGGCGUUCCCUUCGACUGGGUCCACCAGUCUGCUCGAGCUCCCGCCACGACCAUAAUCACCGGCGAUAUCGCCCCGUUGGCCAGUUCCAAGAAGCAGCAGCGGCGAUGCAGGGCCCUCGGCGCGCCUUUGUCCUCGAGCUCGCCGGGACUGGUGGAGGAGGCCGAUGAGGAUGGGCAGGACGACGUCGAGGAGCACGCUGCUUGGGCGUCAACGCUGCACCAGACCCUUCUCAAUAUGGAGAAGUCGGCGCAGUUGGCCGGGACGUUGACGGGAGUGGAGGAUGUUGUCGACGAUAGCGACACGAGGCUGGCGUAUAUGUACGGAUUAUUCACGCGCUUCGUCGACCACUGA